GUUCAGUUUUUCCAUCCGACAUCUUCAACACGUUGGGUAAUCAGGCAGAAUAUGAGGCCUCCAAUGAAGGAAGCCCCUCGGGGGGUAAGCGAUCGACUGGUAGACGGACAAGAGCGGGCAGCUUAGCAACAUCUGUAAGCUCGUCUAAUAUGUGACGUACACCUACGAGAUUCAAGAGAAAAAGGGACGAUGAUGAAGAGGAAGAGGAUGAGCAAAAUGAUUUGUCGAGCAAAAAGCAGCAUUGGCUCUGUCUCUACGAUGUGAGGUAUCAGCGAUUGGUCUCCGGGGCUUGCCGAACGCCGACCAAUUUUAGGUCGUUUAGCGAUUUAAGGAAACAUCUACGUGAGAGACACACCCGCAAUCGCAACACUCGGGAUGGGGACGUGCGCAAACAUCCCGAGCUGUACAUGUCCGACAAGCAAGAGAUGGACAUUAUCACAGUUGCGAAAACCGCCAACUUGCAGAGACCCAAGACAGGCACCGAAACAUCGUUUGAAAAGCACCAAGGAUCAUUCCACGCAGUCUGGGGCAUUCUAUUCCAAAACGCUGGCCCCGCUCCAGAAUCCCCAUUUUGCGAAGACUUCAAAAGUGGAGAGCCAGGAAUGCUUUCCGACUCCAUUUUCUCCUCUUGGUCCGAUCGAGCUUUCAAACGCGGCGAGAUCUCCGAUCCGGCUGACUUUCAGGCAAGCCGCAAAGAUUUCAACGAGAUGGCGCAAGAAUUACUCGCAACCUUCAGAGACCACAGGCCGAAUUUUGUGGGUAGCUCCCAACCCUUACCGUCUGACAGCAUGACGAGCAAUCAGCGGUUCGGCUCUUCAGGUGCCGCUGCAGAGACACCAGAGCGGAAAUUUUUACAAUCACCAGGGCUGACACCGAACUGGUCCCCUUUUGGUGAUGAACACCCGCGGAGAGUAAGCUUCGACUCACCUGUGCUGGUCUCGGAUGAUCCAGUUGUCCAGCCGGGCUCAGCUGCUGCUGAUAUGAUCAGAUGGCGGACGACAGUUAGCCAGGAACUUCGACAAUACCCCGAGUUUCCAGUGCGUCUGCCGAUCACGGAGGCAUCAACACCGAUGGCGCCGGUGCCCAGUGUCCGGGAUCCCGCUGAAGCUUUCGCCGAGUUCGAUGACUUCCUGCGCGCUGGCAAUUUUUAUACAUCAGGAGAGACCCAGUCGUCUCAAACUCUAGAUGCACCAUUAGAUCAGGUUCCUCUGGUAUCUACUAUGGAUCCGAUGAUUGCCUCGGACGGUACCCCAGGGGUUGGUGUAGACGACCCGUUGAACUAUCUCCAGUGGGAUGAUGGAGGUAUCUCCGCGAGCACGUCAGCUACGUUGCACCCUAUGCACUUUAGCCCACAAUACCAAGAUAUCGAGGAAUCAUGGUAAUACUCUUUUGUCAAUGGGCACACAUGGGGGAAAUGGUGUUAGGAUAGGGGGCCUGGACAGGAAUCAAUCAAUGAGCGUCUUUUAUAGAAAUCAGAGCUCACUGGCGCUUUCUACUCACAACCGCACGAAAAUCCGAUAAGCCUUAUUGAGUCAACCAUGAUAAUGCCCGUCAUCGUUGCCACCAUCAAGGUCAGGAGGGAGUUUGUCACGUAACUCCUGGGUAGUUCAGGGGGGCAGAGGGGUGGCUUGAGCAUGUAAGAGACAAACGUGGGAUACUUGUCUUCCCUUCUCCGUAGAGUAACUCUGUCAUAAUGAAAGAUGCCCUCAAG